UCAUUUUAAAAUGAAUUUAAUUUAGUCUCCGUUCGAACGUCACACUCGAAACAAGUGGCGAAGCGCGUAUUUUUAUCUCAUUACAAGCGCGACAACUCCAAAGCGAUAUUUGUGAAAUAAUUUGUGCAAACGCAACAUUGAAGUAUUUUCGGACAAGGCGCUAUAAAAAUGAACCUGUCCUUCGCCGGUUGCGGCUUUUUGGGCAUGUACCACGUCGGGGUGGCUUGCUGUUUUCGAAAAUACGCGCCCCAUUUACUUCUGGACAAAAUUUCCGGAGCAUCGUUCGGAGCUAUAGCCGCCUGUUGCUUACUAUUGGAUUUGCCAUUAGGUGAAACCACAAGCGAUGUUCUUAGAGUGGCAACAGAGGCUAGAAAAAAAUCGUUAGGGCCUUUCAACCCUUCGUUCAACAUUCACCAGCUACUGUUGGAAGGGUUAGAAAGAUUUCUACCAGAUGACGCUCACAUCAGAGUCAGUGGGAAAUUACACAUUUCCCUCACAAGAGUACGGGACGGAAAAAAUGUUAUGGUAUCCCAGUUCGACUCCAGAGACGAACUAAUUCAAGCCCUCCUAGCUUCCGCAUUUAUUCCCGUUUUUUCGGGAUUGUUUCCACCCAAGUUCAAGGGCGUCAGAUAUAUGGAUGGAGGCUACAGCGACAACUUACCAACACUAGACGAACACACAAUCACCGUUAGUCCUUUUUGUGGCGAAACUGAUAUUUGCCCACGCGAUGACAGCUCCCAGUUGUUUCACAUUAACUUGGCGAACACAAGUAUAGAACUAUCGAAACAUAACAUCUAUAGAAUGGUAAGGAUACUGUUCCCCCCUCCUCCAGAAACCCUAGCCAACAUGUGCAAGCAAGGUUUUGACGACGCCCUCAGGUUUUUGCACAGGAAUAAUUUAAUAAAUUGCACCAAGUGUUUGGCAGUUCAGUCCACGUUUGUCGUGUCGGACACGUUAGAAGAACAAUUAGUUUACGAUCCCCAGUGUAAAGACUGCAAGAUACACAGACAGGAAGCUUUAGUGUCCAACGUUCCAGACACCGUACUGAACGUAUUUCAAGAAGUCAUUGAUACAGCUAACAAAGGCGUUUCAAGUUGGCUGUUCAAACACAGGGGCAUGAAGCUUUUAUCGGUUCUAAGUUUGCCUUACACAUUACCGGCGGAUAUCAUGUAUGCCACGUUUACAAAGUUGCGCCUUUUAAAACCCGUCGUUCCAAAAUUGACCCGUAGACUCGUUCUACAUAACAUCACCAAUUUUCAAUUGAUAACGUCCAUUGGAAAUCAGUUUGAAACAUUUUCAUUUGAUUACAAACCAUGCCAAGCUCUUGUUCUGCCCCAUACUAAUAAUGCAUGCGUUCAGAAUCCACCGUCAAUGGGGCAUGGAAGAUUAAUGGCCACAGCACCGCAAGUAGGGAAUACCCUUUGGGAUGUCAGUAAAGUAGUCCUUGAUCAAAUGUCAAAUAUACUGUCGAGGGUCAACAAGAAGAGACAACAACUGAGUGCUAAAAUAACCUGUCAGUUAGCUAUUACGGAAUAUGGAGGCAGUAAAGAAGAAGUUGAUGAAAAUCUACUAGAAAAUAAGAUGAAUCUUAACUUUACACUUGACCUAGAUGAUUGCGAUUUACCUUUGGAUCAGAAUCCCCAAAGGAAGUUCAACACCAGGCAAAUCUUGCAGCGUAAACCAAGCUUUACGGUCAACAAGACGGACACGAUGGACGAUGACACUUUCGACCACAUCUUGCAAGUCACAUCGCAGCACGACGCCAUCAUGGCGUAUUAUUACUUGGACGAAAACAAUAAGGUUAAAGUUACUGAAAUAUUCGAUGUAACGGAAGAAGAGUCGUCCGUUUUACAGACUCCUAAUGAGAAAGACGCCAACAAAAAUUUAGAAUUCGAUGAUAGUUGGACAGACUAUAACCAAGUUGAUGAAUAUCAGGAUGAUGAGCACUCGGAAUAUUCGCUGGAAGACAUUUUGGACAGCGACAAAAACGUUUUUUCGGAUCCGGAAAGCGAGUGGAUCGGCACGUGCAAAGUGGAAGAACCGGAAGACGAGUUAACAUUCACGCCGAACGAUACGAGACCGGAAAGCGAUCGAUCUCCAUUAGAAGCCAAAACCGACAACCAUGAGACGGAAAUACCCCUAGAAGAAUACACAGUUCAAUCUUCGUGUCAUAACAAAUAGCUAUAUUACUAUCUACAUUUAU